AUGCCCGAACCAAAAACACAGAAAUAUGUGAAAAAUUUCUUGGGAAAAAUCAAUUUUAUUGGCCGAUUCAUUGCCCAAUUGACUGCUACAUGUGAGCCCUUGUUCAAGUUAUUGAGAAAGAAUGUGCGCUUACAUUGGAACGAGGAAUGCCAGCUAGCUUUUGACAAAAUUAAGGACUAUCUACUUCAGCCUCCUGUCCAAGUGCCACCCAAGCCUAGUCGACCAUUGAUUAUGUACUUAUCUGUGCUUGACGAAGCAGUAGGCUGUGUUUUGGGACAACAUGAUGAUUUCGGAAGGAAAAAGCAGGCCAUAUACUAUCUUAGUAAAAAGUUCACGUAUUACGAGGCCAAUUAUUCAUUUCUUGAGAGAAGCUGCUAUGCAUUGGCCUGGGCAACUCAGAAAUUAAGGCACUAUUUGUUGGGCCACACUACUUAUCUCAUUUCACGCUCCAAUCCUUUGAAAUAUCUCUUGAACAAGCCUAUGCCUACUGGGUGUAUGGCUAAAUGGCAAAUGAUUCUUUCAGACUUUGACAUUGUUUUCACUUCACAAAAGGCGAUGAAGGGACAAGCUAUAGCAGAUCAUCUGGCGGAGAACCCAAGAGAUGAUGAUUAUCAGCCACUCCAUACCUAUUUUCCUGAUGAAGAGGUAUUAUUUGUUGGCACCGCAGAAGAUAUGAGUGAACAAUGCCCUGAAUGGAGAUUAUUUUUCGAUGGUGCGGCUAACUCUUUCGGAGCUGGAAUAGGAGCAGUCCUCGUGUCCCCAGAAGGAAAGCAUUAUCCUGGAGCUGCUAAAUUGCAAUUUGCAUGCCCUAACAACAUGGCCGAAUACGAAGCCUGCAUUUUUGGUCUCAAAAUGGCCUUGGAGACGGAAAUUAAAGAAUUAAUAGCCUUCAGUGAUUCAGAUUUGCUCGUACACAAGACAUUAAAGCAAUGGGUAACCAAAGAUUCAAAGAUACUACCAUACCACUGCAAUCUGCUCAACUUAGCCAGUCAAUUCAAAAGUUUGGAAUUCAGCCGCCCUUGGAACGGUGACAUUAAAGAAUUCAUCAAAACAGGAUCUUAUCCUCCCGAAGCGAGCACAAAUGACAAAAGUUUUCUGCGCAGAAUAGCCUCAAAGUUUUUCUUAAAUGGAGAGGUACUGUACAAAAAAACAACAAACUUGAACCUUUUAAGGUGCAUUGACGAGGAUGAAGCAGAGUACAUGAUGAAAGAAGUACAUAGUGGCGUAUGCGGACCCCACAUGAAUGGACAGCUGCUAGCAAAGAAAAUCAUGAGAACGGGAUAUUUCUGGCUCACCAUGGAGCAUGACUGCAUAGAUUUUGUCAGAAGAUGUAUCAAAUGUCAAGUGCAUGGCGAUGUUAUACGGGCUCCUCCUACUGAAUUACACGGCAUGGCUGCCCCAUGGCCCUGCUCAAUGUGGGGUAUGGACGUAAUUGGUACAAUUGAUCCUCCUGCAUCAAACGGACAUCGAUUCAUAUUGGUAGCAAUUGAGUACUUUACCAAAUGGGUCGAAGCAGAAUCCUUCAAACAUGUGACAAAGAAGGUGGUAGCAAAUUUCUUAAAGGAUCACAUCAUCUGCCGGUUCGGUGUGCCAGAAACAUUGAUUACCGACAAUGCCAAAAAUCUCAACAAUGACAUGGUGGACGGACUGUGCGAAUAG